CCUCACGUAACUGACAUUGGCGUUGAGAUGGAAAGGAGCAAACGGGCAGUGCUGUGAGAGCCACAGGAGGAAGAGGAUCAUUUCUGUAGCAUCAUCCUUCUGACCACAGAUACAUAUGGGAAACAACAGCAGCUCCACCGUGGAUGAUCUACAAGCUGUUGAGAUCCACCACUGGUACAAGAAAUUCAUGACGGAGUGUCCUUCUGGACAGCUGACAGAGCAUGAAUUUAAGCAGUUCUUUGGGCUUCGAGGGCUGGAUCCAGAGGCCAAUAAGUACAUUGAGCAGAUGUUCCGCACGUUUGAUAUGAACAAGGAUGGAUAUAUUGAUUUCAUGGAAUACGUGGCUGCCCUCAGCCUCGUUCUCCGAGGGAAGAUGGAGCAGAAACUGCGGUGGUAUUUCAAGCUCUAUGAUGUAGAUGGCAAUGGCUGCAUUGAUCGACAUGAACUGCUCAACAUCAUCAAGGCUAUUCGGGCUAUUAAUGGUGGUGACCAUGAAACUAGUGCAGAAGAGUUCACCAACCGAGUCUUCGACAGGAUUGAUGUGAAUGGCGAUGGUGAACUUUCUCUGGAUGAAUUUGUGGAGGGAGCAAGGAAGGAUGAGGAGUUCAUGGAGGUUAUGAUGAAAAGUUUGGACCUGUCACAUAUUGUGGCCAUGAUAAACAAUCGUCGGCAUAGUGUAUAAAACAAGCUGGGAGAAAAUGCUGUGCCAAUAGACAGAAGGGUGUCACAAGGAAGGAGAGACAGCAUUUUUCAAAACAAAAUU